AUUUCCUAAUAAUCAUGUUGAAUUCAGUAAAAUUGCAAGAAAAUUUAAAAGAAAAGCUGGUAUUCUAUAUACAAAAGGUUUUUAUUCUAUUGUUUUACAAGCAGUUAUUGAUUCUUCUGGAAAGUUUAUUGAUAUUUUUGUGGGAUAUUCUGGCUUAACUCAUGAUAGUAGAAUAUUUCAUAAUUCACCAUUAUAUCAUAAAUUUAGUUCUUCUAGUUCUUUAGUUAUUCCUACAAAUGUAUACAUUUUAGGUGAUGCAGGUUAUCCUUGUAAAAAUUGGUUACUUACACCAUAUCAUGAUAAUGGAAUAUUAACAGCAAUACAAACAUAUUAUGAUGUCAAACAUUCUCAAACUCGUAUAGGUGUAGAACAAGCAUUUGGAAGAUUAAAAUCAAGAUUUAAUUAA